AUGUCUUUUACAGUCCCUCUUUCGAGCGGCGCUGAAUCAGCCGUUCGGUUCGUCACUGCUGUCGACCCUGCAAUCUUGUUGCUCGAGAAACUCCCAUAUGUUGGCCCAAUCUUGAGAAACAUUCGGGUGCGGAAUAUCUUUAAAUCGGCCAAGUCGAAAAUUAAGAAUGGAAAGAAAACUCUGAUCCCAUUCAAUUCUACCGUUGGAAUUGGCCACGAAGCAGUGUUGGCACUGCCUGCGAAGAUGGCAAUCUUCCAAGGUUUCUUGUUCUUGACGGUUUGCCCGAAAAGUUCGACAUCCUGGCUGGGCCGCAGUCUUGUACGGCUAACACGUUGUGCAUUCGUGGACAAAAACACCCCGCUUCAGGACACCCUCAACGCUGUCACCGACACAGUGAUUGAUGCAGUUGACAAGGGUUAUUCAAUUCUUACAACGCUGCGGGGGACUCUGCAAGGAUUGAGUGACUUUUGGGAUUCUAUCGAGAAGACUGUGUUAACGCCAAUGGGUGCCGUCAAGAAAACCCUGGACAGCGUGAACAAAAUCUUUGGCAUGUUCAGUUUUCUGCAAACACUGGCCGAAUUUAAGCUCAGGUUCAAGAUUCCUAUCGUUGGACGAAUAGAGUUUGGGCUCCCCGAUAUCGCGAACUUCUUGGGGAAGAUUGAAAGAACCAUCAAGAACAUUCCCUUCGUUGGUUCGGCCUGGAGAACAGUUGAAAACAUCGUGAAAUCUGUGCUGAGCGCAAUUUCCCCAAAAAUCGAGCUUUCCUUGCCAUCGUUGGACUUCCUUGACGCCUUGAGCCCUUUUGUCAGGCUGGAAAACACGCUCGACGAUAUCGUGAUUUCUGUAUUUGAUCGUCUGUCAAAUGCGGCUGACGUUGUCGACAACUGGGUUGCCGAUCUUGCAGAUGGUAUUGAUAUUGGCUCUAUCUUCGAAAGGGUGGACCUGGGAUUGCCUGGCUCUGAUCUGCUAGACGGCUGCGAGGCCGCCGAUGAAUCUUUCGAUUUUUCUUGCUUGUCUGCGAUUACGCCAGAAAUCCCAGGUGCCCCGACCCAGUUUAUCAAAGAUGGCAUUGACUUGUUCACCGCCGCUAAGGAUCAAAUUGAAGAGAAGUUCAUGGGUCAUGCCUUGGCUUUAGGGGACGCCCUAGCAGGGAUCGAGUGCAGCAAAAAAUCCAAGACAGGGAUCCCAGAAGAAGCCACGGAAGAACUCCUAAAGUCCGUUUUCGGUAUCGGUGCCGAAAAUUGCAAAGAGUGCGCUGCGCUCUUUGACAGCAGUAUGCCGACACAAUUCGAAUACUGCAGUGAUUUUAGGAUGGAUGAAACCAAGGCCAGGGACGUAAUGCAGGGUUUGAUCCAAGACAUGCAGCCUCUGCUUGAUGAUAUGCAGACGCGUUUUGCUGAUCUAGGAGCAGCCAACCCGACUGGAAGACAACUCCUCAGCAAAGAGGAGAUAGCACAGGAAGGAUGGGCUGUCGUAUUUUCUCUCACGCUUCCCGCGCAUCUUUUGAAAUUUUCUGGUGAGGCGGUCGGCGAGGCCUUCGGAUUUGCCGCCGACCACAGCAGCAGCAUACACAUGGCAUCAGAGAAAAUCGUUCAAGGGAAAGGCGAUGUGACGAAUGCAAUUGAUUAUAUCCUCAAGCAGAGGUUUUCAUCUGUUGACAAGGAUGUGCCUACGCCUCGUUCAAUCAAGCUCAAUGCAGCCUCGAAAGAGGUCUUCACUCUGAACUUUGCCAUUACGGCAAAAGAAGACGACACGGGUGUGCCAAGGUUUGCUUAUCGAAUCAGUCUUGGAGCCCGCUUGCAGGUACAACUUGGUUUUGGACUGGAUCUAAACUAUAUCUCGAUUGUCAAGCCCAAGUUGGAUCUGUACAACAAGGUGCUGGAGAGCACUCUCUCGUUUGACCGCUCCUGCGCGGAAUGUGCAGAGCACGUAAUCGAAAAGAUGAUUCCGGCGCUAGACAAUUUUGCAAGAAGACUUGCGAGUGAGAUACGACUCUUUAACAAGGAUGGCCCAAUCGAAGAGCUUAGAAAGAGUGGGCUGUUUAAAAAUUCGAUCCUUAAACCCGUAUCAGGUGGGUUCAAACUUGAGGCCAAACCCUUCGACGAAGUGGUGGCACAGGGAAAGAGCCUUGGAGCAGCAAAAAUGGCCAAGACAAUUGGUGGGAUCACGAAAGCCCUAAAGCUGAGCAACCUGAUUGAGGAACUCGACGCACUUGACGUCUCCCACAAGCUGCGAAACAGCAAUGUGGCUACCGGCGCAGCUACACAUGUUGCAAACUACAUCAAGAAGAAUUUCUUCUUUCAAAUUCGAGUGAAGGCUCGAGGGACCCAGUUCCCAGUCCCAGGCGUUCAACUCUUAAAAACCCCAGACCCCAAAGACCUGGUAAAGGAGUUCCAAGAGAAAACGAGGAAAAAGGGAAACUUUGCAAUCCUGCUCAACCAACCCGAGGCGCCUCAAUCCAUUGGCGCUACGGCGCAUGUUGGCCUUGGUUUCAGCAUCAUGUCGUUUGAACAAGUCACGGGCCCUGAUGGCCCAGACUAG